CUGUUGAAAUCAGAAGAGAUUACAUAUGAAUAUGGCCUCUCCGCAAACAUCCACUGGUUCUCUCACAUCUUGCAGACGAACGCAGACAAAUAAAACUGAGCAAAGAAGUCACCUCUGCUCUGAGUGUGGGAAAUGUUUUACCCGAAAGAGUAAUCUCCAAACGCACCAGCGCAUUCACACAGGAGAGAAACCGUACCAGUGCUUAGACUGCGGAAUGAGUUUUAGUCGACAGAGCCACCUCCAACACCACCAGCUCAUUCACACGGGAGAGAAGCCCUAUCGGUGUUCAGAGUGUGGGAAGAGUUUUACUCAGCAGGGUAUCCUUAAAAGACACCAGCUCAUCCACACAGGAGUGAAGCCACAUCACUGCUCAGAAUGUGGGAAGAGUUUUCUUCGGCAGUGUCUUCUAGAAAUACAUCAGUGCAUUCACUCAGGAGUGAAGCCGUAUUAUUGUUCAGAGUGUGGGAAGAAUUUUAAUCGAUAUACUGAUCUCCAGCAACACCAGCGCAUUCAUACGGGAGAGAAACCUUAUCAGUGCUCGGAGUGUGGGAGGAGUUUUACCCAAAAGAGCCAUCUUCAAGCACACCGGCGCAUUCACACAGGAGAGAAGCCGUAUCAGUGCUCAGAGUGCGGAAGGGGUUUCAUCCAACUGUGUGCUCUCCAGCAACACGAGCGCAUGCAUACAGGAGAGAAGCCGUAUCACUGCUUGGAGUGUGGGAAGAGUUUUACUCGACGGACUACUCUCACACAGCAUCAGCGCCUUCACACAGAAGAGAAACCUCAUCACGUUCAGACUGCGGAAAACAUUUUAGUGACUGAGCUGCCCUCAGAACACACCAGCUCAUUCAUACAGGACACAAGUGACCUCACUGCUCAGAAUGUGGAAAGAGUUGUAAUCGAGUAAUCUCCCAAAACACCGCUACAUUUACACUGGACUGAAGCCAGAUCACUGCUCAGAGUGUGGAAGGAGCUUCAGCUUUGAGUUCUUUGAAUAAAGCGAGUACACUUAGAGGAAGGUGUAAUCUCAUCAAAACCAUGUUCAUUCAUAGUUUUAUUGGGUUCAUCAUGAAUGAUGUAACCCAUAUCAGCUGUAGCUGAAAACUGCAGGAACCCGAGUUGAGCCAGCUGAUCAGACUCCUUGAAAAAAGCUGGAAUGCUCUUCACUAUUCUGAAAGGUAUAAGGAUGACAUUCAGUGAUGGCUUGUCUUGGGAGAUGCUUGUACAUCCACAUUUCAGCAAUGGUCUUCAGUCAGUCAAUCAGUCAGUCAGUGACUCGGUAAGAUACUCUGACACUAGUAGACUGUUUUGUAAUACACAGUUUUCCCCUUACUGCAAAUGUAAGCCAAGACAGUUGUUGUCUGAAGCUUGCUUCCUUAGCUUUGUUCUGGAGGAACAAAGUAGACAAAUGUAGCUAAUGAGAAAGGGAAGUUUACUUGCUUCAACCUAACAUCAUGCAAACUGCAUGCGUGUGUUGUAAUUUUUAGCAAUAUUAGAAAGUUCAUGCUCAUGGACCAUCCAGCAUUUCUAAUGCUACAUGUCUGAGCCAACCUGAACUUUAUAUUGGAUCACUUUUGAUGGCUGUUGCUUGUGUGUGAUAUUGGCUCUUCAAAUAACUGCAUUUUGUGUGGUCAGGUUUUUUUUUUAAACUCUGCAUGGGAAUGGCAAUCACUUGAGAUCCCCCUUCCCAUGGUAUUGAAUAUCGAUACAGUUUGGUAAGAAAGAAAGUCAUUAAGGCUUCAAAAUGGCUGUUAACACUGGUAGAAACCAUCUGAACAAGUCUUAAUGUGUAAUGUGAUGUUAUGUUAGAUGAUUUAGACAUGCAGUUUUACCAGGGUUAGCAUCAAAUGAUCUACUAAGCUAAAUUUGUGGCCUCAUAGCUCCACUACAAAACUAAAUUAAAUCAGAAAUGAAAUUCUACACUUAUUGUCCAUUUUAUCAGCUCCACUUACUAUAUAGGUGCACUUUGUAGUUCUACAGUUACUGACUGUAGUCCAUCUGUUUCUCUGAUACUUUGUUAGCCCCCUUUUACCCUGUUCUUCGGUGGUCAGGGCCCCCAUGGACC